AUGUUUAAAAAACUCACCAAAUACAUUGUAAAUCAAAUGGAUCCAUGCAAAGAAUUGGAUCCUGUCAAGAGCGUUGCAGACCAGGAGCACUUCAGGCCUCGCUGUCUACUGAUUAAAAAAAAAAAAUCAAACCGCAUAUUCCACCGAGCUCCCUACUACCAGAGAACAGGCUUCACACUGGAUGAUGUGCUGCUGCCUGGAGAAGAUGGUACAAGCACAGAGUCCCUCCAUCAAGAUUCCAAGCAAUUCACUCUCACAAAAGUCAGAGCUGAUGAAGUUGAUGGAGUUCUCAGCAUUUCACUUGAUCCUGCAAGUGUAGAGCUGAAAGGAGGUGCCUCCUUGUUCAAAGGGUUUUCUGUCAAGUCAAAGAAGAACGGCAUAUCACAGCAAUCCCUGGAGGCACUGAGAAGAGAAAGGAAAAUCAACAUGGAUCACUCCUUCAUCCGACAGCUCCAGAGAACAGACAACAGGCUGUACGUGGUCACUGAAACCCUCGAGGCCUUAGAGGAGACCGUGUACGAGGCAUCCACCAAGGCAGAUGGGGGCCUCAAGGCCAAAUUUCAUGUCACACUCCAUGCAAAGGGCACCAGAGAGAACAACCAAGCUAUAGUGAUACCCAAGGGCUGCACGCUGGCCUUCAGGACCAUCCCACUGCGCAUUAGAGAUGGAAAAUGGGAUCUGGAUUAUUUCCAAGACGAAGAUGAAGAUAAUGUAGUUGAGGACAGGCAAGGUUAUGUAGAUGAUGAAAAAUUAGAAGAAGUGAAGACAGAGGUUAAAAAGUCCUGCCGAAUUUUCUCCAAGUUGUCUCCUGAUCUGCUGCUCAUCAUCUUAAACACCAUCAAAGCUGUGAUGACAGAUGAGAACCUCCUUCAAGAGCUCAGCCAGAAAAUGGAAGAGGUUCUUGAGGAAAAUGAUGGUUAUGAGCUGAAAACUGAGAGCCCAGAUUUAAAAGAACUCUUCAGCACCUUGCAGCAAUCCCCAAGACAUCAUCUCCUUCAGCUGGCAGAAGGAAUCACCUACGUCCUUGAUGCUUUGCAGGAGUUAACAGAGGAUCAGCUGCUGCUGCUGCUGGAAUCCUUGGAAAGGAAGAUUGUGUCCCAACAGCUGAAAUUGGUUGAAAACCUACUGAAACAUGACCUGGAAUAUGAGAUGAGGCCUUUCCCUGUGAAAGCCAGGCUGCUCUCCUUCCAACACGAGGAAGACCAGAUGUUAACCAUUGCCCUGGUGGAGCUGAGUGGAGUGCAGCUCCUCCGGGAAAAGGGAUCAGCUAUCCCUAGGGAUGAACCCUUCGAGGCUGUGGCAGCCCUGUUUGUGGCCCUGUAUGCCCUCAAACUCCUGAGUGGUUCCAAGUAG